AUGCGACUUCUCCUACUCUUUCUUGCUGCGCCUGUUGCGGGCACCUUUCUGCAGUGGUCGCUCUGCGACAACAGUCGUGGCAGUGGGGCCAUCCCCUAUGGGCUGAACGCGCGGCUCGUGAGAAGCCCUGAAAAUGCGGCGACCUCACGGCUGGUAGUUAGCCUGGCCCGACACCAGAGCGGAAUCACCUGCCGCGACACACCAGGCACUGCCGCCUUCGACAAGGAUGCAUGGCCCGAGGCGAUGGUACAGCUUGACUGGAACGGACUAGGCAGACCUGAGAGCUUCUCCGGCAAGACCAAAGCGCGACUCGACUGCGAGGAUUUCAUCGGUAACAAUCGGCCUGCUUAUCUGCCCGUCAAUUCAAGCCGCGUGAGCAUGGCGCUCCUGGACGACGACAUAGGUGCGCUGCCCGCGCUAUCUACCCUCCGCUUCCAAGCCUACCUCAACUCGCCUAUCUUCGCCGAAGCACAAUGCAUCGCCUCUCUCAUGACGCCCGCUGUCCCGCUGGCGCUCUCGUCUGGCCUGCGCUAUGGGGCCCUGGCCAUCUUCCUCUUUGUCUUCCUCGUUUCUGGCCUGCGGACCAUAGCCGCGGCGUCGGGGUCGCAACAGCAAAACGAGGACGAAGACUUGGAUGGCAGCGCCCCUGCCGCGGUACCCGUCCUCCCUUGCGUCUCCGAUUGCCUUCACUUCCUCCAGUUCGUCUUCCUAACUGGCGGCCGCAGCCUCUUCUAUCCAGGCUUCUACCCUGCCGCGGUAGGCCACCUUAACUGGUUCGCUCUCUUCGCCGACUUGGCGCUCCCCAUCAAGAGUUUUGUCCCCGGACCGACAGCCGCGCUUGUGAGGAUGGCAUCCACGUACCCCGGCAUCAGCGACGGCUUGUAUGAGGUCAAUGGUACCUAUGGCGGCUACCUUGGACUUGAGGUCAUGACACAGAUGGUCGGCGCGCCUAUGACGUGCGACACGUGGUUCCUCAUGGUGCUCUUCACUGCCUGUAUAAUUGCAGCGCUGGGCUUGUUCCUCUGGCUGCUCGAGACGGUUAGGCCGCGGAACGUCUUGGGGUUGCCGUUGUUAGGUCCCGGUGCUGGAGCCGGCAGAUGGGCCCUUGUGACACGUAUCGGGAACGGGGUCCUGAGACUCGUGCUCUCGUACAUCACCCUGCCGCUCAUCGCGAUGUCGACCUAUCAGCUUAACUUUUCCGGGAGUCUUGGUGCAGGUCACAUGUCGCUUGCCAUUGUCGUCGUCCUCUUCAUCAUGCUGGCCUUUGUCUGGCUCGCGGUAUGCCUGCCUGUGGCGAGCCUCGGCGCGCUUGUCUUCGAGGCUAGUCGCUCAUACCAGCGCAUUGGAAUACUUGAAGCAGAGCGCGACGAGGACUUGGAGGAAGAGAGACAAGCCCGGCGCGACCACCAGUUCGUCAUGGCUCUAUUCAUGCUUAACAUAAUCAGGGGCCUCACAAUUGGCGGACUGCAGAAGUGGGGUGUGGUGCAGCUGGCGGUCCUGGUAGCGUGUGAGGUUACCAUGUUGCUAGCUGUCCGGACCUGCAGACCGUUUCCAUUGCUGUCAGGUGGUUUUGCGGCUAUACUGCUGAGGCUGGCCAUCCUGGCGUGCUUUGUGCCUUUUGCUUUCCCUGCGUCCAAGAUGCUCAAAUUGAAGAGCGUCUUCGCCUACGUUGCGCUGUUUUUGAACGUCGCGGGGUUGAUUGGAGUUUUCUUUGUCCCAUCAGGCAGGCAACUGUACCGCCUUGCUCUUCGGGGAUUUAGUCGAUUCCGAGGUUGUGAUGUUGGGAAGGACGUCCCCGUUGUUAGCCUUCGUCAGCUGCAGCGCCGUGAAGCACCUGGGCUUCUGCAGGUUAAUGACCCUGGGGCUAACCUCACCCGGCUAGGCGACCAUGGGUCCAUUGGCAAUGGAUGGGAUGCACCUCACACCAUCGUGCCCCACGGCUCCCUGACCCCCUUCUACCGGCUCCCGAGAUCAUCAAUUCCCGCCGCACCCGGCGAGGCGUCCCGCGUCUUCGAUAACGGCUCUAGGGGAUCGUCUCCCUCAUCUUCUCUCACACCGUCUCCUGCAGAGUGCCCCCCUCCUAUCUCGGGAGAGCCUGUGGACUUCUCACCAACCCACUCCUCAUUUAGUAUGGACAGGCAACACUUGGUAGGCUGGGCCUCAAGUGGAUCCUCGAGCUCUGUGUCUGUGGCGAGCAAGGCCGAAAUCCUAAGACCCCUUGGUCCGCGAUGGGACGACUACUCCUUCCGAGAGGCGGAUUUGUUCUACGCUCGGCCGCCACCUCCACAGGCAGAGGCUGCCAGGGAGCCACUGCCUGCUUCUGAACCGCCCCCCAGGGCGCGGCAAACAUGGCUGUCGAACUGGGGUUUACCUAGAGUGUGGAACUUGAGUGGACGGAAGCUGACGCCAUCGGAGGAGAAGGGAUUCUCGGUCGUCAGGCCGAGCCGAGUUCAGGAUGUUGCGUAG